AAAUGGUAAGAACAACAAAGGCGGUUACUACUAAUCUAGUCUUUAUGGUAUUAAUUCUUUUACGAUGGAUAAUGUUUUCCUUUCAUUGACUGGAAAUCAUUCACUGAUGGAAAAUGGAAGUUUCCCAGUUAUGGUUCAAAACCCACAUUUUGCUUCCUGGACACAACUUUCCGCUCAAACAGCUGGAAAUGCAGCUGCGGCGGCUGCCGCGGCAGCUGCAGCAGUACACCCAAGGGCAGCUUCAUUUCAAUUUCCUAACGCUAGUUCAAUUCAGCAACAUGUUCAAACAUCUGAUUCAUCAUUACCGGUGACCACUCGUGGUGUCAGUGUAGAAAAUUCAGCUACAGUCACAAGUACGAACAAUAACUUCCCUGCUUGUUUACAAAAUUCGGUAUCUUUGACUUUGCAACAUUCAGUUCCUUCACAAACUCAUACACAAUCUCCACAACAGAGUCAACAGUUACACCAACAUCAGAUGCAGUUGCAGCAACAACAACAACAGCAUCAAUUACAGUUGCAACAACAGAUUCAAUUGCAGCAGCAACAGUUUAAGCAACAACAGCAACACUCUCUGCAACAGCAAGCUAGACUUCCAACUCCUCAUUCCCAACUACAGCAACAGUUACAUCAACAUUUGCAACAACGUCAGCCUGGGGUUGCAAAACCACAGCCACAACAAACAAGUCAGUCUCCAACCAACACGAUGACUCAACCAUUGUCAGUUAUUCCAAGUACUGCUGGCUUUAUUACACAAAAUCCGGUGACAACUCAAACGACUGUAGCACUUUCCAACCAACCACCUUUAGGGACUUCCAUUUAUAAUAUGACUAGUUUUCCAUCAUUCACAACCGUUAAUGCCCCAGUGAAACAAAAACGGAAGUCUAAAACCACCACGAAAAAGCCUCAAGUUGAAAUUGGACCUAAUACUGUUGUUUCCGAUUCCACAAUUUCGACUUGUGGUACAGUAAGUACAGUGUGUCCUACUUCUCCAAGCCCAUCAUUUAGUUUAAUUCCAACGAAUGGUAGUCUGUCAUCAGCAUUAACUACCGCUCAAAAUAAUUCUGUAUCCUCUAAUCCAGUUGUUUCGGUCAAUGAAUCUUGUGUCUCGCCCUUGUCGACUGUACUUUUUCCAUUACCAACACUUCCAGAAGAAAUAUUACUGAAAAUUGAUCCUUCUUUAGGUGAUCCCCCACCUCCGCCACAUGCAGAUAUAACUAUUACAAAACCAUAUCAAUGUGAUCAGUGCUUCAAAAGAUAUUCUGGUAUGAAAUCCUUAAAAAAUCAUAAACUCACUCAUUCUGAUAUUCGACCUCAUAAGUGUUCUAUAUGUGGUAAAGCAUUUUUGAGAGCUGAUAAAAUGCGUCUUCAUGAAAUUUCUCAUUUAAAUGUCAAGCCAUUUGAAUGUACUACUUGUAAGCAACGCUUUACUCGUUCUGAUAAGUUAAAAAUUCAUCAUCGCACUCAUACAGGUGUUCGUCCGUAUGCAUGCACUUUUUGUCCUAAACGCUUUACAAGAUCAGAUAAACUCAAAAUCCAUGAACGUAUACAUACUAAAGUCAAACCGUAUGAAUGUUGUCACUGUGGAAAAUGCUUCGCUCGGUCAGAUAAACGGAGAUUACACGAGAAAACUCAUAUGUACGGACCUCGACCUCGUGCUACUGGCGGGAAGAAAUCUAAAACUACGAGUGCCGCUGCCGCGGCUGCAGCCGCAGCUGCCGCAGUAGUUGCCGCUGCAUCAGCGGCAUCUUUUUUAACUGUCAAUUCUAUUGGGAAAACUCUUGGUCUGCCACUGGCUGUUGCUACACCAUCAACUAGUGUGAAUAAUCCAUCAUCUAAUGUAUUUGAUUUUGCUUCCACGAGUAGUGUUUGUACAACUGGUCAGAAUAGUAUGUGCUUCCCAUCUUAUCAUUCUGUUAGUUCAGCUUCAUCUAUUGGGAAUGAUAAAGCCAACGAUACUCAACAGAUCCCUGCAUCUUUGUCUACAAUUUCUUUCCCAUUACCAACCUGCCAGCAGUUGCAUUUGCCAUCACAACAUCAUUCCACUUUAGCAUCACUAGCAGGAAUUGCUCAGUAUCAUCCAGCUCUGUUUUCCGCUAAUCCACGCCAAUUUUCUCAAACUGCCAUGGUAGGUAAUUCUGUUUCUUUUUAUCCUACAAAUCAAAACUCUUCUGUGGGAUUUAGUACAGCUAACUCAACAUCUUAUCCUCAUGCACAGGUAAUGCCGUUCCUAGUCAAUUCUACAAACACAGCGGCAUCACCGGCUAUCUCUUUUCUGGGAUCUAAUACAGUUUCUGACAGUAGCAAUAAUGCCUGCUCAGUUGCUAACAGUUCUAAUGUGUAUCAGAGUCCGUCUUCAACGCGGAAAAUAGGAGGUGCAGUUGCUUCAUUUCCAGUUGGUACUUCUGGUAUAACACAACGAGGAGAAAUCUCUUCAGUUGUUGAUACUGUCUCUGGAAAUCCAAUAUCGACUUCAGUAUCAAAUACUAAUAUUGCUGCUGUAAUGGCGGCUGCAGCGCUUGGUCGUCAAUUUCAUCAGAAUCAACAACAGCAGUAUCCACAAGUUGUUGCUUAUUCAGGCUCUCAACAUGUCCCUAAUGUUUCUGCUUUUAUUCAUCAGCAUCGUCAACAGCAGCAAACUCAGGAGAGUCAGCAGUCACAAGAAGCCACACAACAACAAAGUCAACAACAAGCACACUUUAUUCAUCAUCAAACACAACAGUCUAAACAAGUUUCACAACAGCAUCCAUCUCAACAGAAUCAGCAGCAACAACCUAGAUCUCAAUUUCAAUUCUAUCAACCUCAGUUCGCCCAUCAGUUUCAACAGCAAACUGCACAGCUUCAACAAGAUCAUCAAAAUCAAAUGUUGCAGCAUCAACAGCAAGUUAUCCAACUGCAUCAACAAUUGCAACAACAGCAUCAGCAACAAGCUCAACAGCAACAGCAACAGGCUCAGCAGCAGCAGCUUAUGCAGCAACAUUCCGCUAUGCUUCAACAGCAGGGUCUUAUUUCACCGGCACACUCUGGUACGUCUGUAGCUGCAUUCAGUUUAUUCCCUCAAGCCGCUGCACAAUUUAUACCUGGUGUAGUACCAGCCCAGUAUGCUGCUGCAGCAGCGGCACAUUCAACGCACCAACAGUACAUGCAAGUGCAACAACAGCAACAAUAUCUGGCGGCUGCAGCAGCAGCAGCAGCUGCCUCCUCGGGACCAAUUCAUUCACUAAAGCUUGCAGCAUCUCAUCAACCGAACACAACAACAACAACGCCUACUUCUACUACUAACUCUGUUAUCGCUUAAAAAUUUUAUUUAGGUUAGACAAGCUUCCUAUAUAUAUAUGUAUGUUAUACAUAAGUAACUGACAUUUUUUUCCCGUCAGGAAGUAAUUUUGGCAUUGGAUGAUUUCCUUAUCACUUACCGAUCUUGUCAUCAUCCCUAGUUGUUGUUUUUUUCUUUCUUUAGAAAUCUGAAAUCUAUUCGCAUUUACCCUUUCUCACUUGUGAUGUUGAUGAUGAUGUUUGCCCAACUGUUUCCAGUCUCAUACAAUGUGUCAUGUUCAUGUUUUAUGUGUAUACCUUUAAUUUGCUCACUUAUUAAUUGACAAUCAGUUAGCUUAUUGUAUAUAUUAUUACUUCUUAAAGGUUCGCAUCACUAUCCUUUCCAAUAUGCAUUUCAACAUCGGCCUUUCUUUUUUGCUUUUCUUCUAAGAUGGAGGUUCCAUUUAGAGGUUUGUUUAUAUAUUUCCGUAUAUGUUACAAUCAUAUUAUUGUUAUUAUUAUUGGUGUUAUUAUUCGUACUAUGUAAUGUGCUGGACUACGUAACCAACUCCACUUAUUAUUAUUAUUUAUGUAGAUAGAAAGGUCCAGUACAUUGCUUGCUGUACAGCAUACUUGACUUCCUUUCUCCGUCUUGUUUAUUGUUGUCAUUUUUUGUCGUUUGCUAACACGCUGGCAUACAACGAUAUAAAGGAAGACAUGUAUAGGAUUCGAUCUUGAGUUCGGCUGUUCCUCUUCCUAUUCAUCCUCCUUAUCUUCGGUGUGCUAUGCUUUUAUUGUACUAUUGCCACUAAUAUUUUGCUAUGCUUCUGUUUACUCUUGCUUUUUGUUUUGUCUAUCGCCAUCGUCAUUCAUCUAUUAGCAGCGCUGAAUGGCUGAACUUCACGAUGUUCAUUCACCUUUCUUUUGUUUCCCACCACCUUUUUAUGUAAUCAACAUGUGUAGUUAGUUUUCUGCUUAUAUUUUCGUCUAAUAUAUUUUUUCUUUUUGUUUCAGUUGAAUGGAAUGCGUUUAUUUUACCAAAUGCAGUUAUAUUUGUAGUGAAAUGCUUUCUUUUCAUUGUAUGACAGUUCGUUUUCUUUUUGUUCAAUCUAUUUCUCUGGAGUCAGUAGAUUCCAUUCUUGUUGUAUAUUGUUUUUCCCCCAGUGCAAUUUAAGCUUACUGCCAAAGCUACUACUUCAUUAUGCAUGUGUAUGUAUGCACACUCAGGCGAGCAGGGGGGGGUGCUGUGACUUAUUUUAGUCAAAGUAUUCCAUUUGUGAAAGAGAAUGAGGUAGAGUAGGAGUAAGGCGCCUAAGGCUGUUAUUUUUGUUUUGAUUUUGUUACAGCAAACAUUUGAUGUCGUUGUAUUCGUCUCAAUGUAUUCAUUUAUUCAUCCAACCUACCUCUAGAGAAAAUAGUAUGUCUCUUUUUUCCUAUUUGGAAGCUUUCCUCCAGUGUAUAACUCAUUAUUUACAGUGUGUUGAGCAUUUUUCAUUGUUGAUUUUUCUCCUAGCUUUUUUAGGGACGGUGGGCUCCAAACACACUGUAGGCACCUUAGUAGCUUUAUCAUCAUACCGGUAUGUUAUGAUAUUUUUUUCUCCCGUCUCCUUUGAAAUUGUUGCUUUUAUAAUUCUUACAGUGAUCACAAACCUCUUUUUCACCACCACCAUACUCAUGUAUGUGUGUAUACCUGCCCAUCAUCAUAUCUGUAUCUGUGGCUCAGUGCAUUUUUUUCAUCAUGCCUACUUAUUACUGAUGAUUUUUUGAAAACACACCAAUGUGUUUCUUAAACACUUGGAAGUUGUUCUAUGCUUUCCGUUUUCUCCUCUUCCGCGCAUAGUACAACACGAAGCUCCGAAAUAAAAUACACAUUUAGUUUGUGUAAUAUAGAACAGACCAGUUAACAUCAUGUAGAUAUUUUAUUCCUUUUCUUUCUUAUGUUACCUAACUUAUAUUUAUCUCCCAGUAACGCAAACAAAGUCAUACACUAUUGUUUUAAUUUCAUCUACAUAAAGAAAGGUGUUACCUUUUCCUACUAUGUAUUUGUAUAGGUCUCUUUUUAUUUGUAUAUCUGCUUGCGUGACUCAGUGGGUAUGUUGACUGGAUCAUGUUUUUUAUACAUGUUCUCCGAUUGUCAAUAAACGUUUUGAGCAUUGUAGGGUACUAAAUUAUUGUAUAAAAAAAUAUCCUUCAAUCUUACCAUACAAUUGCUGCAAUACAUGACUUCUGUUUUCCUGA